CACCCCUCUGGCGAAGUACUAUGUAGCAGUCCAGCCAUUAUAUUUCGCUGGAUGCCAUCCUGCCUCCUGGGUGGCUAGCCGCAUUGAAUAUUUACUGCAAAAGCUCCUGAAUUGUUAUUUCUUAACUCAUAAACUCUUGACAGUUACUCGUCGAGCCACUCAACAAUGCAAUGGCCAUACCACGAUUCCUGCUGGAGGAUCUUCCGUCGAAUAUCUCACAAGGCCCCAAGCUUAUCUCCUUGUUCUCUGUAUUCUAUGCCAUCGCCUUGAUUGCCGUUCUUUCCCGAUUAUGGAUUCGAUUCCGUAUGGUGCGAUUCGGCCUGGAUGACUGGUUUAUCUUAGCCGCAAUGGCCUGCGCAACCGGUCUGUACAUUAUUGCCAUGGUCGGAAUUGCGAAUGGCCUUGGGAGGCAUAUCCACUACCUUACACCUGACGAAAUUGUUUUCAACGCGCGCACUUCAAUUUUUGUCACCGAAUUCUACGUCUGGGGCGUAACAAUGGCAAAGAUCUCUUUGCUUAUCAUGCUCUUUCGUCUCGUCGGCGAACACAAACGGUGGAAACAAGGUAUCGUCAUCUCAAUAGCCAUUAUGGUUGUGCUGGCUGUAGCAUCCUCACUGUGGAACUACCUCCAAUGCCGGCCGCUGAAAGCAUUAUGGGACCUGUCCAUAUCGCGGGACGCCUGCAUCAACAAAAAGUACUGGCGAGAUCCAGGCACGUUCAUGGUCUCGGACAUUCUAUUGUCGCUUCUUCCCAUAUUCGUCAUUGGAAAGAUCCAACGUUCACGAGGCGAGAGAGCGGUGAUUUGCCUCUUGAUGGCACUGGGCCUCCUCUGCUCCGCUGCGAUUGUCCCCAAGCUGAUUACCCUUCAACAUUACGGCAUGAGCUUGGACUUUACAUGGUUUUCAGCAGAACUCCUUACAUGGAGCAUGGUGGAGCUGCUUUUGGGAAUUACGACGACAUGUAUGCCGACUUUGAAAAGCGUUGGUGAGAAGUACAUGAGGAAGUUGGGCUUGCUGGCCACUAAGGGAGGGGCCCAGCACUGA